CCCACCCGUCCGUCCGCCCGCCCGCCGGCAGGCCGCCCCUGCCUCCUGCUUCCGAUCGCAUUGUCGGGUGGUCGAGAGAAAGGAUACCGAAGAGCCAACCAUGGGAGUAGAAAUCGAAACCAUAACUCCGGGCGAUGGACGGACAUUUCCAAAGAAGGGGCAGCGCGUCGUGGUGCACUAUGUCGGAACACUGGCAGAUGGGAAAGUGUUUGACUCUUCGAGGUCCCGGGGGAAGCCGUUCAAAUUCAAGAUUGGACAUCAGGAGGUUAUCCGUGGCUGGGAAGAAGGAGUAGCCCAGAUGAGUGUAGGUCAGCGGGCCAAGCUGAUAUGCUCACCAGACUUUGCCUACGGCAGCAAAGGGCACCCAGGGAUCAUCCCACCAAACGCCACUCUAACCUUUGAUGUGGAGCUGCUUUCUCUGGAAGCCUGAAACUUGUGCACUCACUUUGUUUAAUUCCACUCAAAUUUUCAGGGUUGACUCCUAUCUCGGGAACAUGGAGGAAAAACGUUAACAGAUGAUUCCUGCUCUUGAUUCCUGCAUAGGACCUAUGUCUAUAGCCUCACUAGUUCACUCCUUUUCCAUUUACAUACAAAUUGUGUUAUGUCACUUGCUUUAAAACGUUAUACUUCAUGCUAUAUUUUAGAUUCCAUACAGUAAUAAGUCAUAGGUCAUCCCAUCACAUGUAUUUUGUCAUAUUCUGCUAUGUAUUUUUAUGUUGUUUUUUUUUUUUUUUUUUUUUUGACUUAAAAGUUACAAAAUGUGUCUGCCAUCAGGACCAGGUUUUAGAUAAGUGUCAUAAGUACUGAAUCAGUCUCAUUCCUGUGGCUCUGUGGCCUUUACACAAAAAUUGUAUUGAUUGCGGGUAAUGAAUUGUCUUGAAUAAAUAGUUAUUUGACACAA